AUGUUUUCUGUCUCUUGUACCUUAGCAGAAAUAUUCUUAAGGGGUGCAGAUGUUAUUGAUUUAUUACGUCUAUUAGAGCUUAGGAGUUGGUAUACAGCAGCAAGGGAGCAGCAGCAGCAGCAGCAGCAGCAGCAGCAACAGCAACAGCAACAGCAACAGCAACAGCAGCAGCAGCAAAAGGAGCAGGAGGAAGAGAAAGGGCAAGCACAGCAGCAACAGAAACAGCAGCAGCAACAGCAACGCCUGGAUACAGAUACUCAAGCUAGAGCUUCUCCUUCCACUAAGGCUAGCAGCAGCAGCAGCAGCAGCAGCACAGGUGGUGCUAGCUCGUCUCGUCGGCCUAGGAGCGCAGCAGCUGCAGCAGCCGCAGCAGCUGCAGCAGCAGCAAAUAUACAGGAGGAAAUAUCUGCAUUUCUUCCUGGGCUACGUGCUGCUCCGUUGUCUCCUCCUCCUCCUGCUGCAGUGUUGCAGACAUUAGAGGGAAUUCCCUGCAGCAAGGCGCGGCUGCUGCUGCUGCAUGCAGGUCUGCUGCAGCUACCAGAGAAGAGACUAACAGCAAUGCAGACACUGCUGCUAUGGGUACAGCAUGUCUUCCCUCCUUGUUUUAUUAAUUAUUUCUUGUGUCUUACUACUGUGCUGCUGCAUCCUGCCUACCAGCAGCCGGACCUCCGUCUGCUGCUGCUCAAGGAGUACCUUGCGGAUAUUUUUUUAGCCUUAUUAGAGCAGAGGCCGCAGCAGCCGCAGCAGCAACUGCAGCAACUGCAGCAGCUGGUGCAGCAGCAACUGCUGAAACACCAACAACACCCACCAGAGAUGUACCAGAAGAUGAAGCAGCAACAGAAGCAGGAAGGGGAACAGCAACAGCAGCAACAGCAGCACCAACAGCAGCAGCAGCAGCAGGAGGCACAGGCGCAUGAACAGCUACUGGUGCAGCUGCUGCGGGAAGCUGUCGGGAGAGAGACACUGGAGGUUGACAGCUGCGUUGCUCAGCAAACCGUGUUAAACAUGGCUGUCUCCAUGCCUCAGGAGUCCCCUGCUGCUGCUGCACUGCUGGAGGCGUGGAGUGCUGGAGGUGCUGCAGCAGCAGAAGCAGCAGCAGCAGGAGCAGCAGCAACAACAGCUGCUGCUGCUGCUGCUGCAGUGCCACUAGCAGGUGGUCGAGAUCUGCGUCCAGUUGGAGCUACAGCAGGACCGGGCGGAGGAUCGGCAGCAGCAGCUGCAGCAGCCGCAGCAGCAGCAGCAGCAGCAGCAGCAAGCAUAGGACAGGCAACAACAGAGGAGCGUUUCUUUGCUGCAGAAGCAGCACAAGAAGCAGCAGCAGCAGCAGCACUCAGCAGCAGUCUCCCUCAUCCUGUCCUAAGUGCAGCAAAUGCAAGAAACUUCGGUUGGGGACUUUUGGGUCUUUGGGCUCGUUGCUACGAACAAACUGUCCUAUGCAAACGACCGGCAUUGGCGGUCCUUGGGGAGAUAGAGGGUGAUAAAAUCCGCCUAUACGACGACCUGUUCAGGCAGCAUGGGCAACAUAACCCAGCUGCCGCUGCUGCUGCUGCCGGUGCUGAAGGCCUAGGGACUAGCAGCAACAGCAGCGGCAGCAGCAGUCCAGUGUAUCCGCCUUGGGAGCGCGUCGCUGAGCUUCUGGGCCCCCCUGAGCUUCCCGUUGCUUUGUUUGGUUCUCCAGCAGCAGCAACAGCAGCAGCAGCAGCAAGCAGGGAGUUGGGGGUGCCAUUUGUACUGCGCACGUACUUGGAGACAGGGGAGACAGGAGAGACAGGAGAGACAGGGGGGACUAAGGAGAGACAGGCAAACUUCUGUUGCAGCGGGUGUCUCCGCAGCAGCAGCACAGUGGUUAUAUCGGAGAUAAUUGGGCUGUCUCUGCAGCAAACAAGUAGCGCAAGGGUCCGUGCAUGCGGGGUGUCUCUCUUAGGUUUCCUAUCAAGGGUAGCAACAGUAGAUGUGCUGCUGCAGUCUUUGCUGCCUUUCUUAGCUCAUCAUCUAGGAGACCAUUUCCCUAUUGUACGUGUUGCUGCAAUUAAGGCCCUUGCUGCUGCGCUGCUGCAGCUGCAUGCAGCAAUGCAGCAUACAGCACUAUGCCCAAAGGGAGGGUUUAGGGCUGGUCUCUGUGCCAUUUGUGGCACCAACUGCAGCAGCAGCAUCAGCAGUAGCCAGAGUUAUUCUUCCCGUGGGAUUGCUGGUGGUGGUGCAGCAGCAGUAGCAGCAGCUGCUGCUGCUGCAGGAUUGGGGCCAGCAGCAGCAGUAAAGACCGGGGCGGUCAGACGUGGUGGCAGGGGAGUAACACCGCCACAAACGCAGCAACAGAAGCAGCAACACCUACGGGUCCCAGCAGCAGCAGAGGAGACAACGCAUGCAGAUGCUGCUGCCCUUUUUUGUGGUUAUAUUCUUCCUGCUGUUCAUAGAUUAAGUGCUUCUGAUCCUGAUCCUUCUGUCCGUGUUGCUGUUACGGAGUUCCUGCCUCUUAUGCUGCUAGCUGUUAAGGCCUGUCUGCAUGCACAGGCACUCAUGGGUAUCCUUAAGCAAGAUCAGCAGCAGCAGCAGCAGCAACAGCAACAGCAGCAACAGCAGCAGCACCAGCAGCAGAAACAGCGGCAACGCGCGGCUUCUGGGCAUCAGGAUGCCGCCACAACACCUUCGAUGGAAGCGCAGCACACCACGCCAGCAGCAACGCCGGCGGCUGCAGCAGCUACUAACAGCAACAGCAGUAACAGCAGCAGCAACACCAGCAGCAACAGGAAUGCAUGUACAAGCAGCAGCAGCAACAGCAGCAGCAACCAAAAUGGUUUCAUCAGCCACCCCAAUUCCAUUAACUCCCCAAGAAGAAUGGAGACAGAUGGUGCUGCUGCAGGUGGAGCUGCUGCAGCAGCAGCUGCUGCUGAUACAGGUGCUGCUGCAGCACGUGCUGCUGCUCCUGCUGAUGCUGCGUUGCUGGGGGGAGAGGAUAUGUGUGGUGGGAGCACUUCCCUCGCAACAGACUGUCUCCUCGAUUGUCCAACAACUGCAGCAAAAGUGUCUCCUUUUGGUGACUCUCCGGCGAGCGCAGCAGCAGAUCCUGCUGAAGCACCGUCUGCUGCUGCUGCUGCCGCCGCCGCCGCCGCAUCUCCGGCUUCUCCAGCUGCUACUGCUUCUCCAGAGCCUGCUGCUGCUGCAGCAUCGAGGGCUGGUGCAACACCUGCUGCGUCACCUACUGCUGCUGCAGCGCCUACUGGUGCUGCAGUACCUACUGCUGCAGCAGGACCUGGUGCUGCAGCAGCAGCAUGGAAUCGCUUAUGGGAACGAGCAGAGCAGCAUCUAGGAGACGCGAUAAGCAAGUUGCAUGCAGCAGUGCUGCCUACACUGCAGCAGCAGCUAACAUGCCGUCCUAUAGAGCAGCGCCUGGCGCUGCUGCGUCCCCUUGCUUUGCUGGCAGCAGUGUUAGGGCCGCAGCAAACGCAUGCGCUGCUGCUGCCGUACCUCAUCGUACAGCUCAAUGAUCCCUGCUCGGGUGUACGUGCUGCUGUUGUUAGGGCAUUAGGGGGAUUAGGGACUGUCUCCUUAUCUUAUACAGCAGACAGCUGUAUUGUCCCCUGCUGCGAGCAGUGUCUCCAAGACCCUCAAGAAGAAGUUGCUGCUGCUGCUGCUGCUGCACUAACACAGCUAGCAGCAGAUGGGCUGCUGCUGCCCUCCUCUGACGCCACCUUCAGACUCCUCUCACAGCGUGUUAUACCCUUGCUGCUGCACCCCUCCAUGCUGCUGCGCUCCGUGCUGCUGCAGCUCCUUGCUGCACUGGAGCAAAACUGGGGAGCAGCAAAGACGUACGCCUUGCUGCUGCCGCUGCUGCGCCCCGUCCUUAAGCGGCCCGCGUUGCUGCUGUCGGUCGAUGAGGUGGCAGCACAUCUACGUCCUCCCCUCUCCCCUUGGCUGCUGCAGCAGCUGCUCCAACAAAAGCAGCUCCAACCCGAGCAGCACGAGCAGCAGUAUCACCAUCAGCAGAAGCAGCAGCAGCAGCAGCGUCCAGGUACUAUAUCCGCACGCCUCCUUUCCCUCCUUUUCUGUCCUGCAGUCCUUAAGGCUGCUAGUAGCAGCCAAAGGAGACACCGGCGGCCUGGGAAGAAGAGAAGGAGACACAAGACUGCCCACGUUGCAUGCAGCAAUAGCAACAGCCACAGAAGCAGCAGCAGCAGCAGCGACAGCAGCAGUGAUAUCGGCAUCAGCAGCAGUAAUGACAGCAGCAUAAGCGAGGGCAGCUGCAACAGCGACAGCAGCAGCAGCCAGGAAGGGACUUAUCUGCUGCAGCAGACAGCAACAGGAAAGCAGUCUGCUUCAGCAGCAUCUGCUGCAGCAGUUGCUGCAGAUGUGUCUCCUCUAAAGAGACUGCGGGGGUUAGGGCUAUGGAGGGAGAUUGUUCAGGAGGCGGAGAAGCAUGCUGUUGAUGCUAGUGCUGCUGCUGCUGCUGCUGGCAUGCAGCCAGGCGGGUCUCCUCCUCUAGUGGCGACUGCCAGACAGGCGGACAAGGAUCAACUGCAGCUGCAACAGCUGCUGCUGCAGCAACAACAGCAACAGGAGGCAGCAGCAACAGUUCAAGAACUGGUAGAACUGCUACACAGUGUAGGCGCAGAAAACCGGUACGCGCUGCUGCUGCUGCUUCCAUCGCUGCAUGCUCUUCGUCAGGCAGCAGCAGCAGCAGCAAAUGCAGCAGCAGCAGCAGCUGUUGCCGGGGAGAGUCCCCCUGGAGGUCUUCUUGAGUGUCCCCUUAGCUGCAGUAUGGAAACCUUAUCUGCAGCAGAGGAGACACUUGAGGUGUCUCCUCUGCUGCAGCAUGGAAGACCGCGCUGCUGCCUUGUGGGGCCCCGAGAGACGGCAGCGCUAAUAAGACAUAUGCUUCCUCAGAUAUCUGCCCCACGGCAGGUCUUGACAGCAACAAGAUUGUCUCCUGUCCCUCCUGUCUCCCCUCCUCUAUCUCGUGUCUCCUUAUGGGGUCUCCUUGCGGAGACACUGCUGCCUCACGUAACGCGGCUGGUGCUGCAGCAGCAGCAGCUGCUGCUGAAUGGCUGUCUAUGGCCUGAAGAGAUCUAUGCGGCAGCAGGCAGCAGCGGACGCGGCAGCAGCAAAACCCGUCGCAGCCACAGCAGCAAGAACAGCAGCAGCAGCCGCAGCAGCAGCAGUAGGAGCUGCAUUAUGGAUUGUCAGGUGCAGCAGCAGCAGCAGCAAUCGCUAGCUGUUGCUCUUAGCUGCGUGUCUCCACCCGUUGUGUCUCAUGCUGCAGCAAAAGCUGCUCUAACUGCUGCUACAGCAGCAGCAGCAGCAAUAGCAGCAGCUCUAGCAAGACAAUUGGGGAUGUCUCCUCCGCAGCCGCUGCUGCUGCAGUCCCUCUUAGGUCUAUCCAACAACCGCAAGGACUGUUCUCCUCAUUCAAUACAAAUGAGCUGCGGGUCUCCUGUUGUCUCCCCUGGUUAUUUUUCUGCUUUGCUUGCUGCAGCAGUACCUGGUGCUGCUGCCGCUGCUUUGAGCACACAGGCGCCAACUCCUGCUGCAGUUGCUACUGCGUUGCAGCAGCUGCUGCUGAAGACGGCAGCCGAUUCUGCAUCUCCUGCGAGCAGCAGCGGGUGUACGCUGUCAGCAGCAGCUGCUGCUGUGGCAGCAGCAGCAGCAACAGCAGCUGGAGCAGCAGGAGGAAGAUUAGGAAUAUCUGCCGAUAUAUUAGAAGGCAAGCGUCUUUUGGGUACAACAGCAACACUGCGGCUGUCUCCUCAUCGUGGCAUCAGCAGCAGCAGCACGUGUGCUGCUGCAGGUGUCCCUCCACCGCUGCAGCGCGACUGGCGCUGCGUGCUGCUAGGCCUGCCAAGGAGACCCUCGUUAGAGGUAGGGAGGCUGCAGCGGCCUGAUGAUAGCUGCUUAAGUCUUUAUCCUUAUCAGCAGCAGCAGCAGCGGCUAUGGCGUCCCCUUGACGACUUUGCUGCUGCUGCAGAAAGGAGACGGCUUGCUUUCUCCACCAGUCUUUAUAGCGUGGCACCCCAUGUUGCUGCUGCUGAUGCAUCCAAGAUGCAGCAGCAGCAGCUGAAUGGCACCAAUGGCAGCAGCAGCACUACCACCAGUAGCACCGGCAGCAGCAGCCUCACCAGCAGCAGUAUUUUAUCUGCUGCACUACCUAUACCUCGCAGCAGCAGCAGCAGCACCAGAGGUGUCUCCUCCUUAGACUCAGGUAUGGGCCUAAGGGGCCCCUCCUCUCGUACCAAUGAGGAUACAGCAGCAUUUAUGCUGUCACGGUGGGGUCGGGGAACUGUAGAUACAGCUGGGGGGCCCCUAGGGACAGGAGGGGCCCCAGGGGCCCCUGGAGGAGCCCAGCUGCCGCUACCGGACCUGUGCUGCUGGCGCCCCACAGGGCAAUUUGUAUGCAGUUGGUCAGUGUUUGAAGCAACAGAGGGGAGAGCAGCAGCAGCAACAGCAGCAGCAGCAGGAUUAAGCCUAGCAGCAACGGACGAUGGGUGUCUCCUUGCAGCAAUGCCUUUAUCCGUAAAAGGGGCAACUAUUCGUGCGUGGAGGGCAGCAGCAUUAACAGCAGCAACACGACCCCCAUUAGUAGGCCAAUGGCAUCUUCCUUCGCAUAUUUAUUUGACGGCGCAUUGCGUCUUACAGAAUACGAAGAGUCUUAUCUUGGGGACAUCGGAUGGGGCAUGCCAUUUGCUGCGGUUAGACAGCAGCAGCAGCUGCUGCAGCACCAGCAGCUGCAGCAGCAGCACCAGCAGCAGCAGCAGCAAAAGCGGAACAGCAAAUAUAUCUGGGGCCCUACUAAGGAUGCAGACACCCCGUGUCAGUCCCGCCCCAUUGACAGCAAGGCCUAGUGUGCUGAUGGGACUACUGCAGCAGCAACUGCAACAGCAGCAGCAGCAGCAGCAGCAGCAAGGUACUAUACUAAGGGCUUGGCAACUGCAGCCACCUGUUGCUGUUAAACAAUUACUCGUUGUUAGUCCUCCUGUUGCUGCUGCUGCCCAGUGGAGCAGCAAUGCAGCACUUAGGGGACUGCAGCAGCAGCAGCAGCAGCAGAUAGAUAGUCCUACUUGCUUCAUGCUCGCUCUUGUUGAUCAUGAGGCCUUCCCCUUGCUGCUGCUAGACAUGCAACGGGGGACUGUUGUUAGCGCUUAUGCGUCCUCUUGCUUUGCAGACACCACAGCAGCAGCAGCAGCAGCAGCAGCAGCAGGAGCUGGUGCUGCAGGCGACUACUACGGUGUUCCUCGCCUGGUUCCUUUGCCUGUUGAUGCUUUGCUGCUGCCUUCUGCAUGCAGCAACAAUAUCCUGCAGGAGCCAUGGGAGGGGGGACGCUUAGGGUCACAUACACUUGAGGGGAGCAGCAGCAGCAGCAGCAGCAGCAGCAGCAGCGGCACCUCAGCACACAGCACAAAGUGUAUAUGGGCCCCCCCUCCCUUGAGGGGCCCCUCUUCGUUUGUUCUCUCUGCUGGUGAAGAUCUGUGUGUGCGCUACUGGGACUUGGCUGAGGAGCGUGCUGUCUUAGCAGCAAGGCUAGGAGACACGCAGCAGCAGCAGCAGCAGCAAUGGCAGCCUUGGCAGUGGCAGCAAGGAGGAGGGGGAGCAGCAGCAGGAGGGAGCUUGGAGACACCUGCUGCAGCUGUCUCCUCUGAUGUUGUAUUCCUUGAUAAAGAUCUUGUUAAGUCUUAUUGUAUUUUGGGGCCCCCCAAUGCAUGCGGCUGCCGUGAAGGAGACAGCAGCGGAGGGGGGGGGCCCCUUACUGCUUCCCUCAGUGUAGGGGGUGUACAUGUGCUGCAGCAGGUUUGCUGCUCCUCUCCUCAAGGUCGUCGUUUCUUAAGACAUGCCCCGACAGCAGCAGCUGCUGCUACUGCAGCAGGAGCUGCAGCAGCAACAACAGCAGCAGGUUCAGCUGCUGCUGUACCUUAUCCUCCUGCUGGGCUAGCCGCCAGAGGAGACAGCUGGGAGUCCCUUCUUGGUGCAGCAGACUCAGGGGCAGAGGAGGCAGCAGCAGGUGUCUCCUCAAGGGAGACGGCAGAUGGAUUACUUCGUAAUGGUAGGGGAUUGUUAACAUUCAACUCCAGCUGCAGCAGCAACUGCAACACAAACAGCAGCAGUAGCAGCAGCAGCAGCAGCAGUAGGGGGUUCGGGUGUACAGAAGGGGGUUGCUGCUGCACGCCUCCGCAUGCAGGCCCCAGCUUUGCUUCGUGGGCUCCUGAAUGGGGGGAAGAGGAGGGGCCCCCGCGGGGCCCCCGAGGGUUUGGGGGGCCCCUGCCUAUACACCGCGAUGCUAUAACCGGCAUCGCGGUAGUAGGUCUAGUAGACCUUUUUCUUGUUACAGCAGGCAGAGACGGGGUUGUUAAAGUGUGGUGUUAA